AUGGCGACCUGCAUCGGGGAGAAGAUCGAGGAUUUUAAAGUUGGAAAUCUGCUCGGUAAGGGAUCAUUUGCUGGUGUCUACAGAGCUGAAUCCAUUCAUGCUGGUUUGGAAGUUGCGAUCAAAAUGAUAGAUAAGAAAGCCAUGUACAAAGCUGGAAUGGUACAGAGAGUCCAAAAUGAGGUGAAAAUACAUUGUCAGCUGAAACAUCCUUCCAUCUUGGAGCUUUAUAACUAUUUUGAAGAUAGUAAUUAUGUGUACCUGGUAUUAGAAAUGUGCCAUAAUGGAGAAAUGAACAGAUAUCUAAAGAACAGAAUGAAACCCUUCUCAGAAAAUGAAGCUCGGCAAUUCAUGCACCAGAUCAUCACAGGAAUGUUGUAUCUUCAUUCUCAUGGUAUAUUACAUCGGGACCUCACACUUUCUAACCUCUUACUUACACGUAAUAUGAACAUCAAAAUUGCUGAUUUUGGUCUGGCAACUCAAUUGAAAAUGCCACAUGAAAAGCACUACACAUUAUGUGGAACUCCUAAUUACAUUUCACCAGAAAUUGCAACCCGAAGUGCCCAUGGACUUGAAUCUGAUAUUUGGUCCUUGGGUUGUAUGUUUUAUACAUUACUUAUUGGAAGACCACCAUUUGAUACUGACACAGUCAAGAACACAUUAAAUAAAGUUGUAUUGGCAGAUUAUGAAAUACCUACUUUCUUGUCAAGAGAGGCCAAAGAUCUUAUUCACCAAUUACUUCGUAGAAAUCCAGCAGAUCGUUUAAGUCUAUCUUCAGUAUUAGACCAUCCUUUUAUGUCCCGAAAUUCUUCAACAAAAAAUAAAGCUUUGGGAACUGUAGAAGACUCAAUUGAUAGUGGACAUGCCACAAUUUCUACUGCGAUUACAACUUCUAGUACAAGUGGUAGUUUAUUUGAUAAGAGAAGACUUUUGAUUGCUCAGCCACUCCCAAAUAAAAUGAUGGUAUUUCCAAAGAAUAAAAAUUUAAGUGAUUUUUCUUCAGGAGAUGGAAAUAGUUUUUAUAAUCAGUGGGGAAAUCAAGAACAAGAAACCACCAACAGCAGGGGAAGAGUAAUUCAAGAUGCAGAAGAAAGGCCACAUUCUCGAUACCUUCGAAGAGCCCAUUCCUCUGAUAGAUCUGGCACGUCUAACAGUCAAUCUCGAACAAAAACAUAUACUAUGGAACGAUGUCACUCAGCAGAAAUGCUUUCAAAAUCUAGAUCAGGAGUAGAUGAAAAUGACGAGAGAAGUUCACAUGCAAACAGCAAUGUCAAUAUUUAUCCCUUCUUUAAAGAAAAGACGUCUAAUAGUUCUGGAUCUUUUGAAAGAGCCGACAACGACCAAGCACACUCCAAUCAUCUUUGUCCAAGAAAAACUCCUUUUCCAUUUUCAGACCAGACAUCUCAAACUGAAGUGGUACAACAGUGGUUUGAGAAUCUACAACUAAAUGCUCAAUUAAGAGAACCUACUGAACUCCUCGGCAUUGGGCCAAAUAGAGAUUUCCAGGACCUUUUUGAUUGGUGAAAGGACACAGCAAGAAAUGCUUGGCCUGAAAAAAGAGCCAAAAAGAACUUUGACAUUUCCGAUAAGGCACAUUCUGUAAAACAGCCAAAUUCUGUGAAAUAUAUGCCUUCACUUCAUACUAAACCUGAAAUAAUUCAGCAAGAACCUGUAUUUGGCUAUGAUCCUCUUUCUGAACAAAGCAAGACCAGGAUUGUGGAAUCACCAUUAGGUUAUCAGCAAUGUACAUUACGAAGCCUUACAUCUCCUUUGACUGCUCACAGGUUAAAACCAAUCAGACAGAAAACCAAAAAGGCUGUGGUGAGCAUACUUGAUUCAGAGGAGGUAUGUGUCGAGCUUCUAAAAGAGUAUGCAUCUCAAGAAUAUGUAAAAGAAGUUCUUCAAAUAACUAGUGAUGGAAAUAUGGUCACAAUAUAUUAUCCACAUGAUGAGAGAGGUUUUCCUCUUGCCGAUAGACCACCCUUACCUACUGACAACAUUUGUAGGUACAGCUUUGACAAUUUGCCAGAAAAGUACUGGAAAAAAUACCAAUAUGCUUCCAGAUUUGUUCAGCUUGUAAGAUCCAAAUCUCCCAAAAUCACUUACUUUACAAAAUAUGCUAAAUGUAUUUUGAUGGAAAAUUCUCCUGGUGCUGAUUUUGAGGUUUGGUUUUAUGAUGGAGCAAAAAUACACAAAACAGAAGAUGUAAUUCAGGUGAUUGAAAAGACUGGGAAAUCUUAUACCUUGAAAGGUAAAAGUGAAAUCACUAGCUUAAAAGAGCAAAUGAAAGUGUAUCUGGACCAUGCUAAUGAGGGUCAUCGUAUUUGCUUAACCCUGGAAUCUGUAAUUUCAGAAGAGGAAAAACGAAGCGGAAGUUCUCCCUUUUUCCCAAUAAUUAUAGGAAGAAAACCUGGCAAUACUUGUUCAUCUACGUCCUUAACACCUCCUCCUGUGGAUCCAAAUUACCCAGUGAGAGAUAUACCAUCUUCAAAUGCAGUUAUCAUGAAUAGUGCUACUUCUUUAAAACAAGGACCAAUACUUAAUCCUUCCGAAAUGGUUACAAAUGAAGAACUUGGCCUUGCCGCUUCUAGAACCGAUAUCUCUUCUGGUAGCAUAAAAGAUUGUCUUCCUAAAUCAGCACAGCUUUUGAAAUCUGUAUUUGUGAAAAAUGUUGGUUGGGCUACACAGUUAACUAGUGGAGCUGUGUGGGUUCAGUUUAAUGACGGAUCCCAAUUGGUUGUACAGGCAGGAGUGUCCUCUAUCAGUUAUACUUCACCAGCUGGUCAAACAACUAGGUAUGGAGAAAAUGAUAAAUUGCCAGAAUACAUCAAGCAGAAAUUACAGUGUUUGUCUUCCAUUCUUUUAAUGUUUUCUAAUUCAACUCCUAGUUUUCGUUGA